AUGGAAAACAUUUUACAUAAUGAAUGCAUGAAUAAUGUGCAAAUACAGAAUAGCUCAUUUAAAAAUGGUAUCAUAAAGAAGGAUGUGUUAAAGAAUGAAGCUGUAAAUAGCCUUUUUAGCUUUACCCAUAAAAUAAAAUCAUAUUUUGAUUAUGGAAAUGAAAAAAAUGCAGAUUAUAGGGAAAAAUCAGAAAACACUUAUAUUAAAGGAACAAACAAUUUACAAGCAUCAAGUGCAUAUGGAAGUGUAGGAAAAACGAGUAUGAAUAACAUGGAUAAUGGGAGUAGUAACAUAGAUAUGAAUGUCAAUGGAGAUAGCUCAAGUAACUUAGCUACUUUAGGAAACAGUUAUGCGGAGGAAAAUAUGAACAGGGAUUCUUUUGAAUCCAAUAUUGCAUCAAGAAACGGUGAGAACAAUCAAAUGAACGGUGUGAACAGUCAAUUGAACGGUGUGAACAAUCAAUUGAACGGUGUGAACAAUCAAAUGAACGGUGUGAACAAUCAAAUGAACGGUGUGAACAAUCAAAUGAACGGUGUGAACAAUCAAUUGAACGGUGUGAACAAUCAAAUGAACGGUGAGAACAAUCAAAUGAACGGUGUGAAUAGCUACCUUUACAAUCAACAUGGAGGCAUCAUAAGUGAUGUCAAUGAUAUGAAUACAGAUAAUGGUAACAAUAAGGGAGGAAAUGGAAGUGGACGAGAAGAGAACAAUAAUAAUAAAGGUGUGUUAAAUACAUUUCAGGAUGUCUAUUUAUUACAUAUGACCUCAUCAAAUGAUGUGCAGAAGGGAGGAAAAGAAGGAGAGGAAUUUGUAUGUAAUGAAAAUAAUAAUACCCUGUUUGAUUCUGUAAAGACAGAAUACAAUGGACAUAUGAACGGCAAGAUGAAAAAUCAACAGAUAAACAUGUUUGGUCACCUGAAUCACAUGAAGAAUACAAAUCGAGGAAAUGAUUGGAAUAAUGUAGGUAAGGCAGAUGUGAAUGGUAGUAAUAACAACCGUAGUAAUAUAAUCGAUAUGGAAACAAGAAUAGGGGAGAAUAAUGAUAUAAUUCCUGAGGUUAUGGAAUACUUGAAUUGCUAUCGAAAUUUCAAUAAUCAGAACAGUAAUGAGUACUACAAUGACAAUGCUUAUGAGUCCACCAAGUAUGACAAUUACACAUACGGUAGAAGCAGCAGCAGCAUUAGUAAAGAUAUUAAUGAAAAGGAUGAAUUUUUUCAUAUGAAUAGCAAUGGGAGAGGAGGGGUACUUUUAAAUGGUGAAUGUAACAAUAACGGUCGUAGUAGAAAAGAGAGAAAUAAUUUGAUGUAUAAUUCGUCCAAUAAGUGCUUUGACAGCAAAGGUAGAAGAGGAGGAAGUGCUUCUGCUGUAGCGUCUGCUGUAGAUUCUGCUGUAGAUUUUGCUGUAGAUUCUGCCAUAGGUUCUUCCUUACCUUCUGUCUCUGCCUCUGCUGUGCAUGGAGUUCACGACAAGGGGAAAGAAGGAAUGGUGAAUCCAUCAAAUGAUUACAAAAAUAUAAACAUCAAUUUACCUUCGACCACUACAAGUACAUCUACAACGGCAACCAGUAAGGAAGUAAAUUGUUCUGACAUUGCAGGACAGCAACAUGACAAUAGUUGCAUAUUUAGAAACAGUGAGAUUAACAAAAAUGAAUUGGAACAGGAUCGAGUGAUAGAAGAAGAGUUAGAGGAAGAGUUAGAAGAAGAACUUGGAGAAGAACUAGGAGAAGGGGAAGAGGAAAAUAACUGGGAAACUAUUAAUAGUCAAGGAAUGGCACACAGUUACCCCAUGAUGAUUAAUGAUAGUAAUUCAUUUCACCACAUGAACUCUUUGCAAAAUAGGAGCAGCGUCCAUAGCAAUUGCAGCGCCUUUCAUUAUAAUAAUAACUUUCACUAUAAUAAUAACUUUCAUUACAGCAAUAACUUUCACCAUAACAACAACUUUCACCAUAGCAACAACUUUCAUUACAGCAAUAAUUCUGAAUAUAGCAAUAACUUUCACGAUGGUGGUAGCUUUCACGACAGUAAUAACUUUCACGAUGGUAGUAACUUUCACGAUGGUAGUAACUUUCACGAUGGUAGUAACUUUCACGAUGGUAGUAACUACCUUAAUGAAUCCAAAGAUUAUUACCCGAAGCUUAUGUACCACGUAAAUAAUAACAACAUUGCCAUGGAAGAAAAUGAAAUUGACGAUUUGCAUGGUGUGAGAGGAAGAGUUGAAAGUGACAGAAAAGGUGAGGAAAGAGGUGAGGAAAAAGGACUACUGGUACAAAUAAGAAAUGGAUAUUACAACCAUUUUGACCAAACCGAUUAUCACAAAUUAAACAAUGGAAUUACAAAAGGUACAAGAAGAGGAAGAAGAAAAAAAAGCACAAGCAUUAUUAGCAGUAGUGUAGUAGAUGUAAUGACGAAUGGGAUCAGAGAACAAAGUAUCAGAGGUUGUAGCAGUGUUAGAAGCACUCGUCGUUGUAGUGGUCGUCCUAGAAGUAGAGGUACUGGUCGUGCUGGUCGAAGAAGUAGAUGUAGAGGAUCAUCAAUUUCUCAUCAUACAACAACAACAACAACGAUAACUACGCGUAGAGCAUAUCCUCUAAAUGUUCAUGGUGGUGUCCGGAGGAGCAGUAGUUAUAGAACUCGUGGAAGGAGAGGUCGUAGAGGAAGUCGUGGUAAUCGCCGUGCUAUUGGUAGAGGAAGUGAAUCGGGUACAGCAAUGGUUGUUGGUGGAAGUGAAUCGGGUGCAGCAAUGGUUGUUGAUGGAAGUGAACCGAAUGGAGCAAUGGUUGUUGGUGGAAGUGGGCUUCUUGUACAGACUAAAACAGAAAUGGGAAAUGGUAGAAGGAAGGGCAUGUGGAAUAAUGCAAAGAGCAUCCGUUACAAUUUCUUCAAUGCAUCUCUUUCAUUUGUGAAAAAAAAGUAUAAUUUCAACUCGAGCAUUCGAAGAAAUUACGUAUCGUUUCUAAAAAAUUACUACGGGAGUAGGAAAAUGUGGCUCAAGUUGAACAUGAGGAGGAGGCAAAUUGGUGGAAGUGGACGUACAAAUGGAAGUCGACAUGACGCAAUCGACAGAUUCGGAAAAAAUGGAGCGGAUGAUUCACUCCUGAUGAUGAAUGAACCACCAAAAGAUGGAAGAAUACACAAUUCAAUGGUGCCAAAUAUGAAUCCAAAUUUGAACCCCAAUAUGAAUCCAAAUUUGAACCCAAAUAUGAACCCAAAUAUGAACCCAAAUAUGAACCCAAAUAUGAACCCAAAUAUGAACCCAAAUGAAGGUGGAACCAUUAUCCACAGCACCACCGCGCCAUACAAAAGUGGAGAAAUAAUAAAGAAAGAAGAAAAUGAAAUGAGAAUAAUAAACAUGGGGGUUAACAAUGAGAAGGACUACUACAACCAUGGUUAUGAUGAAAACUGCAGUGCCAUUAGUACAUACAAUAGUAACAGAACUGUAACACGAAGGAGGAGGAGAAGAAGAAAAGGCAUACUUACAGUAGUUAACAAUAAGACCAAGAGAAGCCGUGGAAGCAAGACAUUAAGCACUGAUGAUAGAAGAAGAGGAGUUGGGCGUGGAAGAGGUAGAGGCAGAGGGAGAGGAACAACAGCAGCAAUGGUAGGAAGAGGAACAACAGCAGCAAUGGUAGGAAGAGGAACAACAACAGCAGUGGUAGGAAGAGGAACAAGAACAAGAUCUCGAAUAAGCAAUAAUUCACAAGGGACUCGAAUGUAUGCUUCGCGUUGCAAUAUCAGUAUGUCUCAUCAGUAUAAAAAUUCCUCAGGAUUAGAGCAUAGUACUAUUGGAGAAACUGUGAACCCCACUAGUGCAAUCACCCAUCAAUUUGAGAGUAACGACAAUAUUUUCCUUCAGCAUGACUUGAUAGAAGAGGAGAUGGUGCUUCCUGACGAUAUUUCAAGAGGAUACAAAUCUGAUGAUGAGUGUAUAUAUAAAGAUAAUAAUAAAAGGAAAAAAAAAACAAAAAAGAUACCAGAAGCACGAGGAGAAGUAGGAACAGAUGCAUUAGAAGGAGAUGAAUUAGAAGAAGAAGAUGAUGAUGAAAUAAAACAAGGUAAGGAAAAAAUCGAUAUUUGUAAUGAUAGCAAGCAUUUGUGCAAGUACCUCAGUGAUGAUGAUAUAAAUUAUGAAAAUUACUGCAAAUAUUAUUUUGAAAGCUUAGAGUGUAUUAGUAUUUCUAGCUACUUGCGAUAUUUUAAAAUUAUGAACAAGAAAAAAUGUAACAGAAAAAUUACUUACAUGCUACCAAAGAUGAACUUUAGUUACGAUGUGUUCAUGGCUUCAAUCCUUAGUACUAAUGAAUAUAAAAAUGAAAUAGCUCAUUCGACAAGCGAUGAUCCAAUAGGUCAUUCGAAGGAGAAUUAUGUCGACGUCCAGGUGGAUCAUAAUGGAGAGAAGGAAGAGGAUAAACAGUUGAAGGGAGAGGAGAAGCAGUUGAAGGAAGAGGAGAAGCAGUUGAAGGGAGAGGAGAAGCAGUUGAAGGAAGAGGAGAAGCAGUUGAAGGAAGAGGCGAAACUGCACAAUGGUGAAGAGACGAAACUGCACAUUGAUGAAGAGCCGAAACUGCACAAUGUAACCAUGGCAGAAGGGGACACCACUCUGGAUCUCGUAGAAGACAACCAUGCAGAUCUAAUCGAAUGCCGAAAAAUAAGCCCCAUGAACUUGUUCUUCAUCAAGAAUUGUGCACUGUUGACAUGUUAUGAGAAAAUUAUAAAACAUAAGAUAAUAAAAACAUAUUACAUUAACUGCUUUCAGGAAAAGUUGUUUAAUUUUUGGAACAAGUUUGACUAUAGAAGAACAUCAUUAUUGAAUCACGUUGCAAAAGACUUAGGAGUUGUGGUGGCAGGAUGCCACUUUAAUGAAGGAACAAAAGUAGAAAUGGAAGACAAUCACCACAAGCAUUUCAAGCAUGAAGAGAAUAAAGAAUCAGAAAAAGAGUACAAUAUUAUGAAUAUGAACAAUGAAAAUGGAAUAAAUGGACAUGUUCGAAAUGUAAUCAUUCGUAGGCCAAGAGGAAGAGCCUCUGGAUCAGUUGCAAGUGGUCGUCGUGUGAAGAAUAUCCAAACUGAACUAGCCACGAAGGAAAAAACGGCAGAAUCAGUCAACACUAUUGGAAUCACAACAACAUCAUCUAGUGUUAUUGUUGCAACAAGUGGACAGAGAAGACGAAUGAGAGGUGGAAGAGGAGGUAGUAGAAGUAGUAGGGGUGGAGGAGGUAGCCGUGGAGGAGGAACAUCAUCAUUAGGGAAUGGAAUGAGACGAGGAAGAGGUAGCAGUAGUGGUGGUACGCGAUCCGGACGAGGACGAGGAAGAGGACGAGGAAGAGGAGCAAGAGCAGGAUUAGGGACCAAUGCAGGAUUAGGAACCAAUGCAGGAUUAGGAACCAAUGCAGGAUUAGGAACCAAUGCAGGAUUAGGAACCAGUGCAGGAUUAGGAACCAAUGCAGGAGGAUUUGAGGGAUGCACAAGUUCAGAUGUAGGGAAUGGAUAUUCUCUAAGGAGAAAAGGAACGAAUGAAGAGAAGUUUAGUUAUCAAAAUUUUGAAGAAAAGUACAAUAAUAAUAAAUAUUUUAUAAACGAAGAUGAUGGAUAUCCAAUUAAGGAUUUUUAUAUUAUGGGAAAACGGAAAAAGAUGUAUAAUGAUGAGGAGGAGGAGGAAGAGCAACAGAAAAUGCAUAUGCAUAUGCAUCACGAACUACAACGUGAACGAAUGCAAAUGCAUUAUGAAGAUUUACAUCCAUAUUAUGAUAGAAUAAAUCACGAACAUUUUGAUGAGAUGCAGAAUAUGAGACAUCAUCACCAUUGUCAUCACAUGAUGAGAAAUGACAUGUACAACAAUAUGAUGAACACUAUGAACAAUAACGGAUUUAAUUGUAGUGAGUAUAUGAAUAUAAAUAACUUUUAUAUAAAAGAAGAAAUGAAGGAUAUAAACAAUUGUAGUAGUAGUAGUUAUCCAUAUGAAAUGAAUGAAGUGGGAAGAAGAGUAGGAGGAGGUGGUGGUGGAGAAGUCUUAGGAAUGCAUGUAAUGUCAGGGGACUAUAACCACUAUCACAACAUGAUGGAUAUUAAAGAUGAAAUGUCUUUGGAUAUUAAUAAUGAAAAUGUUUUACGGUUACCGUUAGUUCAGACUGAUUUAGGAGGAGGAGGAGUAGAAAGAGCAGUAGAUAACAGCAAUGGUAUGAAGAACAAUUUUUGUGGCAUGGAUGGCUGUCUUAACCAGGCAUCAGAAGUGGGAUCAGAAGUGGGAUCAGAAGUGGGAACAGAAGUAGGAUCAGAAGUAGGAUCAGAAGUGGGAUCAGAAGUGGGAUCGGAAGCAGGAUCAGAAGCAGGAUCAGAAGCAGGAUCAGUAAUAUCCUCGGCCAAUGAAAAUGGCCUAAUCGAAACAGAAGGAAAAAUAAAACAUAAAAAUAGGAAUGAUCAUAAAGUUGAAGAAAAGGAAAGGGUUAAAAGAAGAAGGAGAAGUCAUAAUCGAAAUAAUCAUGAAAUGGAGAGAACGUAUGAAGAUUCCAUGAAAGAUAGUUGUAAUAAUUCUAUGUAUAAGAAAUUUCGCAUGCAUAAAAAAACAAAUAAUUACACCUCUUUCAAUUACAAAGAAGCUAAAGAACUUUUAAAAAAUUUAACUGUUUUAAAAAGUGGUGCAAAUUGGAAGACAUACAAAAUGGAAGAUGUACCAAAAGAACUGUAUAAAAAUAUACGACCAAUAAAUCAAAGGGUUACUGGAUUUAAAACUGUUCUUCUCGUAGAUGAAUUAUUUGAAAGAUUGUGGGAAUUUCCUAGCACAGAUAUCAUAAAAGUUAGAACUGUUACCCGUGGUGAUCAGUUCAUUGGAGACAUUCGUAUAGACUUUUAUUAUCGUCAAAGUGAGAGGACACUGUGUCGUGCUUGCGGACGUCACAUCCUGAAGCAAAAAUUUGCAACAGAACACUACCAAAGGAAUAUAAACUGUUGGAAGGAGGUCAUGUGGAGACUGGGAAUCCCCGAGUUGGAAUACUACAACUCUGUUCGGAAUGACUUUUUCGACGCUCGGAUUAUGAACGCGGAGAACAACAAUGAACACAUGGUUUUGGAACGGACUCUAAGUUUAUACAACCAGGAGUUGAUAAAGAAAGCCACUGAAUUUGUCAAUGAUGAGUUAAAGUUCUAUGAAGAGAACAUUGUGAACAAUCCGAGAAAAAGCAAGGGUACGAGCACCAAUGAGUGCUUUGAAUUGGACAUCCUAAUUUUAGAUGACAAUAAUAUCAUGCUCCCAACAGUGAAGAAUGAACUAGAUGAACCAUAUUUUGAAAUAUCAGGAAUUUAUCCAAACAAUGGAUUUCCAGAUGAAAAUUAUUCCAAAAAUUUUUGUUUUAUAAAAAUAACUUUUAACAAAUUGGGUGGUAUGGUUUUGAGAGAUUUAUUUACACUCGAAUGUGAAUUUUUAGUAGAUUGGGGUGACAAUUUGUUAAUCCAAGCUAAGAAAUAUACACUUCAUGAAGUUUACAAUACGCAAGAAUCUUAUGAUAUAAAUUUAAGAAAUCUGUAUGAUCAAGGUUUUGCAUAUUUACGAUGCAAUAUCCCACAAAAAAGCAAUGGAAAAGUAAACUUAAAAGUUAGAAUACCAAAAACUGUGUGGCAUUAUUGGGAAGCAAUAGCAGAUGAAACCUUAAAAAUUAAUUAUGAAUUCUUAGAUAAACACAAUCUACAUAGGCAUCUGUUAUUCUGUUCAUAUUUGAAUAACGUAAAUAAAAACUUUACUGCGUAUGUGAAGACUUCAUCCAAAGGAGAAAAUUCUUACACUAUGAAUAAUGAUGUUGGUAGUAAUAGUAACAAUGAUCAUAGGCUUGAGUAUGGCCUUGAUAAUACAAUGGAUUACACGAUGGAUCACGAUAUGGAUUAUGACAUGGAUCACUCAAUGGACCACUCAAUGGACCACUCAAUGGAUCACUCAAUGGACCACCCGAUGGACCACCCGAUGGACCACCCGAUGGACCACCCGAUGGACCACCCGAUGGAUCACCCGAUGGAUCACUCAGUGGAGGACCACCCAAUGAAUCACUGCCACUAUCAAUCACAUCUAUCACCUCAGAAUGAGCAUCACUCCCCAUCGCCCUACCCGAAUCAUCAUCCGUAUCAUAGUAGUAACAGAACAAAUGGCAUAUCGUCAGAUUUCCCAAAAGUGGAAGAGGAGGAGGACAGUUCACGUAGAAUUAUUCAUAUGGAAAAUAAAAGGUCUCAAAGCAACAUGAGUGAUUAUAAUGGUAAUACUAUGCACGAGCACACGUCAGAGCACAUAUCGAAUGGAAAAAUAAUGCAUUAUGGAUAUAAUUGUGCAAAAUCAGAAAUGAGAAACGUGAACACCAUGAUUACUAUGAACGAUAUGGACUUUGAAAGAAGCAUGGACAGAGAUAUGGACAGAAGCAUGGACAGAAGCAUGGACAGAAAUAUGGACAAAAGCGUGGAAAGAAAUAUGAACGACAACGUGGAAAGAAGCAUGAAUGACAAUAUGGAAAGAAGCAUGAAUGACAACAUGGAAAGAAGCAUGAACGACAGCAUGAAGAACAAUCGUGCAAUGUAUUGUCAAAAUAAUGUGUAUGAGAAGUUAGACUUUUCUGUCAUGAAUAAUAGUAUGCCUCAUCAAAACUUUCCAAACUUUAGUGUGAUGAACAAUGUGCAGGAUGAGCCAGACACAAAUUGCACCAAAAACUUCGAUCAUAUUACAACACACACGUGGAGGAAUUGA